AUGAGGAUUCUGCCGCCUAAGCCCGAAGCGCCCAGCAACGACGAUUGCUGUCUGUCCGGCUGCGAGUUCUGCGUGUGGGAUUUGUACGACGAGGACAUGCGCGAGUACCAGAAACAGGCCGGGGUCAUCCGCCAGGCGUUCGAGGAGCAGGGCAGGGAGGUUCCCGAGCAGCUGCGGCCAGAGAAUAUUCGCGACGCUGUGGACCCGGCAAUGCGGGCAUUCCUGGACAUGGAGCGCGACAUGGCCAUGAAGAUCCAGCAGGAGGAAGACGACAACAGCGACGGCGACUAG